CCAGGUUACAUGAGAGAUCAGUUGCCGGAUGGAGCCCCCUUGGAGCCAGAAAGCUGGGAUAAUAUCUUCAGAGACAUAGAGAACAUCAUUAUGCCUGGGGUUGUCCAUUGGCAAAGUCCACAAAUGCACGCGUAUUUCCCAGCUCUGACUUCCUGGCCUUCACUCCUUGGAGAUAUGCUAGCAAAUGCUAUUAACUGUUUGGGAUUUACUUGGGCAUCCAGUCCAGCUUGCACAGAACUGGAAAUGAACGUGAUGGAUUGGUUGGCUCAAAUGAUGGGUCUUCCGGAAACAUUCUUGCAUUAUCAUCCAGGCAGCAAAGGUGGUGGCAUUUUGCAGAGCACAGUUAGUGAAUCAACUCUAAUCGCUCUCCUAGCAGCCAGAAAGAAUAAAAUUCUUGAAAUGAAAACCUCUGAGCCAAAUGCAGAUGAUUCCAUUCUGAAUUCUCGCCUCAUCGCCUAUGCUUCUGAUCAGGCUCAUUCCUCCGUCGAAAAGGCAGGUUUGAUUUCCCUUGUGAAAAUGAGGUUUCUGCCGGUGGAUGAGAAUUUUGCCUUGAGAGGUGAAACCCUGAGCAAAGCGAUGGAGGAGGAUCGUAGCCGUGGCUUGGUGCCUAUCUUUGUUUGUGCGACUCUCGGAACAACUGGUGUGUGUGCUUUUGACUGCCUUUCAGAACUAGGUCCAAUAUGUGCUAAAGAAGGUCUUUGGCUUCAUGUUGACGCUGCCUACGCUGGAACAGCAUUUCUGUGUCCAGAAUACCGAUUUUUUCUCAAGGGAAUUGAAUAUGCCGAUUCGUUUGCCUUCAAUCCUUCCAAAUGGAUGAUGGUUCAUUUUGAUUGCACAGCGUUCUGGGUUAAAGAUAAAUACAAGCUCCAGCAAACUUUCAGUGUUAACCCUGUCUAUCUCAGACACCCAAAUUCUGGAUCAGCGACUGAUUUCAUGCAUUGGCAAAUCCCGCUGAGCCGAAGGUUUCGCUCUCUAAAACUCUGGUUUGUGAUUCGCUCAUUUGGUGUGAAAAAGCUUCAGGACCAUGUCAGACACGGCACUGAAAUGGCCAAGUAUUUUGAGUCACUGCUCAGAAGCAACCCCUUGUUUGAAAUCCCGGCUAAGAGGCAUCUCGGACUAGUUGUUUUUCGCCUAAAGGGUCCCAACUGGAUGACCGAGAAGCUCUUAAAAGACCUGAACAAAUCAGGAAAGCUGUUUGUCAUCCCGGCAACCAUCCAGGAGAAGUUGAUCAUUCGUUUCACGGUAACUUCUCAGUUCACCACCCGAGAGGAUAUUCAGCAAGACUGGGCCCUCAUCCAACAGACGGCAGUGAACAUCUCCAAUCCAUCUCUCCUCAUCCCAGAGGAGAAGGCCCAAAUCCCCAAUCAAUUAACCAACUCCAGUUCAAAAGCAGCGGGCAUCGCUCCGCCUAUUUUCACAGAGAAAGAAAAGGGUAAAGUGGUCCCUUUCAGCAGAAUAACCAUGCAGCCUCGUAGAGGAUCUCUCAACUCUUCGUUGUCACUAUUGAACGCAUACAUCCCAAAGGCCAAAGAGCCUCAUUUAGAUGAGGGCUUCACAGAAAACAGCCGACAUCUGACCAACUGUGACUUGCCUUCUGCCUUGAGUUUUUCCACUCAAAACAAGAAAAAAACUGUCCGUUCCUUCAGCUUGGACAGUCCUUUGGAGAACAUACCUUGCGCAAGCAGGAAAUUCCUCUCCAAGCUGCCCAAAGAAAUCCUGAUGAUCAAGAAAGAAGAUCUGAAGAAACAACCCCAGUUUUACCACAUGCCCAGUUUUCCUGAAUGCACCAUUCAGUGUGGUCUCCAACUGCCCUGUUGUCCUCUUCAGACAAUUAUCUAGCUCUUAAGAGCCUUCUUCCAAAGUAUGACAACCUAAGUCUGAUUAUUUGUAUGCAAUAUUAUAAUCUAUGGCCCAGUAAUAUCAUAAUUGCUGAUCUUAUUUUUUUUUAAAAAAGAGCCUGUA